AUGGCGUCUGUUGAAAGUGUCCCAGCGUACAUGCUGCCGGGAGUUCCUGUGGUGCAGCCUUCACAUCUCGAGGGCGACCCUAGCCUGGCCACAGAGAUUCUCCCCGGGCCACCCUCGUUACUCUCCAUCCAGCAGGCUGGUCUUCCGAGACGAGACCAUAGGAAAACUGUGUCCAUAUUUUCAUAUCUGCCGACGUCUGAUCCAGGGACCACAUAUACAGGGCAUAUGGAAACGGGCAAGAUUGGACAAAGGGUGAGUCUUAUUAUUGAUCCUUACAAUUGGCCAAGGGCUGACGAAGUUUCCUCGCCUGCCAAUCCCACCAGUAGGGCACAACGUGCAUCUGCUCGCAACCUCAACGUCUCUACUUCCGUUGUCGAUUCUUCCGCAAUCCUGGAAGCGAUGGCCUCAUCUUCAAACCUAAUCCCUGAUUCUGAUCCAAUAGCCAUCGACACAGAUGAGCCUGUACUAUCCCGGUCGAAUUCACUUCCUAAUGUCGAAGAGGUCGUAUCGAUAAAUGGAAAUUCACGAAGGGGUACUACACGGCGGGAUAAGGGGAAGGGAAGGGAUAAAGAUGCGGGAGUCAGAGUUAAGGAGGAACCAUCUGUGGUAACGCUGCCACCGGGCGACCCAGCUCCUCUCAAACCUCCGGCAAGACCGCCCGCUUCUCUGAAGUUCCUAAUCCCUCUUAUUGAACAUUUGCAAACAACUCUGCCUAUUGAAUUUCAGCUACCCCAAGAUAUCAGAAGUCACUUUAAAGACGUUGCAACUGGUCCCAAAGGAACAUACGUCGAUAGCUCUGAACUCAAACCGCCGCGUCUCAAUCGUCAUGGGCAGCUCGAGGAGCGUGAUCCAUAUCGACUGAAAGACAGGAAUGGAGAGCCAGUUCUAUGUUUUCAGUGUGGGACCUCGGCUCUUCCCCCCGGUGUCGCCGCAUCUGCGCACGCUGCAAAGCGUGCGAGAAGGGAAAGUAGUCAAGUUCACUACUCGGAAAGUGGACGGAGUAUCAUCUCAUGCGAUUACUGCCACUUGCACUGGCAUUUGGAUUGCGUGGAUCCUCCCUUGUCUGUGAUGCCGUCGUGGAAUAAGAAAUGGAUGUGUCCUAAUCAUGCCGACAGGGUACUGCAACCCAAGCGCCGCAUACCCAAAAAUAGUUCAGUGCCUCUAGAGAUCACCCAGCCUCAUCAACCGAACAAUGGUAACGUUGAAGUUAUUCAACCGCAAACAGCCGUGGCCACGCCGAGUAAAGUUGUGGUAGACGAAGUCCUUAUUAAUGGCCGACGGUAUAGGAUUCCAGAGAGGAUCAUAACGCUGGACUUUUGGGAUAAAGUGGGCAAGAAUCGUCAUAUCACUGACACUUCGAGUGAUCAAAGUGUGCUGUCCUCCCCUUUGACUUCCCUAAGUUCGCUGGCCGGAGACGCUGAUACUCCUGUUUUAAAUCGCUCCAUUCCAUUGUUUUCCUUGGAAGAUAUUGAGAUGGCUCAGUUAUUGGCAAGGCUUCAGAUGCUACAAAAGCCAUCCAUGGUGCUCCAAGAUCCAGCAGGGCUUAGUCAUGAUCUGAAUAGUGGUGACAAGAGGGUUGUAGGAAGAGUGACCGACCAACAGAGCAAUGCCAAUGUUCCCGCCUUCACUUCAGAACUAAAGGCUCCCGUCCAUCUGAAUGGGACUGCGAAGUCAGCUACAAAGUUAGCUUCACAUCCAGCAGCACUCAAUGGCAAACCAACCUCAUCGGCUCCUAAAGCAGAAUCUUCGAGAAUUAGGCGGACAACUACCCAGCGUCAGCGGAACGGGGCACGAUCGUCCAGAAAACAAACCAGUGCCGACGACACCGACUAUGUGCCCAUCACAGUUGAUAUGGCGCAUACAUCAUCAACCAGGGGCCGUAGAACUGAUCAGCACAAAAGCAAUUUGGGGAAAGGUACAUUGGUUGAACAAUCAGUGAUAGAGACGUCUUCUCAAACGAACGGCUCCUCAGAGGCUGUUGCGUUGGAUCAGCUCCAGCGACCACAGAUUUCUGACAAGGGCCAACCAGAACAGCUCCAGUCUACUUCUAUUGUUCCCACGAGACCCAAACGCCAACGACAGCCUGCUCGUAAAAGGCUAUCUCCAAUUCCACUCUCGUUCGGUGCCACGAAUGUCUUGCGAAACAGUGAUGCCACAGCUGACGAUCGCUUGGAUGGGUCCGAAGAGCCAGAAACUCCUCUAUCUGCGUUGAGACCGAAAAUUUCUACCAUGUCCAGGGUCCGCAAGAAACCUGUUGGCUCAUCGGCUUCUCAGGUCAAGCGGAGGUCACCAAGUCCGCCUCCCGCUGGCUCAAGGGCGCUUGCAACCACCGGAAAUGCCACGCCUGGGCCUUCUGGAACGAAGGCCACUGAGUCGACUCCUACCCUCAAGAUCCGUCUGCCACGUCUCGGGAGCAUUAACCUUCCAUCCAUGUCCGCACCACCCGUCACACCAUCACCGGCCACCCAGACUAAAGUACUCUCUGCGCGCGGCUCCCGAAGAAGCAAUAGAGCGAAUAGUCGUCGGUCUAGUCGAAGGCAGCCAUCGAUGUCUACAUCUCUUAAUGAGACGUCUGUCUCCAGCGAGGCCGUUUAA